CGGCCUGGGGUGCUGGGCGGUGGGACAGCCCGGGCCGCUCCCCUCCUGUGGGGCUGCACCGCCCGCCCGCCCGCCUGCAGAGUCCUGCUGGGUCCCCGGCGGUCAGGACGCCCCUUCGCCUCGCCUGCGCCUCAGGAGCCAGUGCCGCCCACACUCAGGAUGGGGGGGGAGCUGGCCCUCAUCAGCCUGGCCUUGCUGUCGCUGGUCCUGCCUGCUGACUCUCAGCAGACGGCGGACGACGCCUGCUCUGUGCAGAUCCUGGUCCCUGGCCUCAAAGGGGACGCUGGAGAGAAGGGCGACAAAGGCGCGCCCGGACGGCCUGGGAGAGUGGGCCCCACAGGAGAGAAAGGGGGCGCGGGCGACAAGGGGCAGAAGGGCAGCGUCGGCCGCCACGGGAAGAUUGGUCCCAUCGGCUCUAAAGGUGAAAAGGGGGAUUCGGGCGACAUGGGGCCCCCGGGCCCCAGUGGAGAACCAGGCGUCCCCUGUGAGUGCAGCCAGCUGAGGAAGGCCAUCGGGGAGAUGGACAACCAGGUCACCCAGCUGACCUCGGAGCUGAAGUUCAUCAAAAACGCUGUCGCCGGCGUGCGUGAGACGGAGGGCAAGCUCUACCUGCUGGUGAAGGAGGAGCGGGCCUACCUGGACGCCCAGCGGGCCUGCCAGGGGCGCGGGGGCGCGCUGGCCAUGCCCAGGGACGAGGCCACCAACGGGCUCCUGGCCGCCUACGUGGCGCAGGCCGGCCUGGCCCGCGUCUUCAUCGGCAUCAGCGACCUGGACCGCGAGGGCACCUUUGUGUACGCCGACCGCUCGCCCAUGCAGACCUUCCACAAGUGGCGUGGCGGCGAGCCCAACAACGCCUACGACGAGGAGGACUGCGUGGAGAUGGAGGCCUCGGGCGGCUGGAACGACGUGGCCUGCCACCUCCCCAUGCACUUCCUGUGCGAGUUCGACAAGGAGCACGUGUGAGGCGGCCGGGGCGGGGGGGGGGGGGGGGACCGUCUCCAGGCGGGUC